CGGGUUGAGAGAGGUGGGUUGUUGUUUUUUACGCUUGUAAAGACGGCAAAGGGAGGAGGAAAACACGAUAUAACCAUCUUGAAACGUAACGCUCAGCCGGGGGUGCAGGAGAGAGAUCAAUGGUCGUCUACCCGCCUUCAGGCAGCGCAAGAAGAGCGCUUUGUAAUCAGUCUCUCUGUGACUUGGAUCAGAGGCUGCUGUGUCUGAAGGACUGGAAAGAACUUUGCAGCAACUGGAGUGUCUGUUCUCAACUGACUCUCAUUCAGACCAGACUAUUCACUGGUGGUUUGAAGAUGAAUAGCAACCUGAAGCAAGCAUGACGUCCCUGGCCAACGUCACUCUGAAGAACCUCUUGAAAGGUUUCUUUCCUCCUCUGACACUUCCUCUGAAGCUGAAGGUAUCCAAAAUCUGGAUGGAGAACUUCAGACUCUUGCACAAGCUGACCUGGGAGAUGCAAUGGUCAAAGCAGCUGAGAACCCUGCACCAGCAAGUUUGCUUGAAAACCAUCCAUCUCCAAAACUGGAUCGAUCUUCAUCCUUCAGCACAUGGGUCCAGUUUGAAGAUGAGCCCUGGACCAGCACUUCACCAGAGCAGACACAUACAGCCUUUUCUCCAAAAAUAUUCUGCUGGGCUUGUCCCCCAUCAGGAUCUUCUGAGAGACAGCCCCUAACUUCAGACAGCAGUUGGACAACUACUUCUGAGAACACCAGCAGUCCAAGUAUCACUCCUUCCUAUACAGAUCUACAGUCCAUAAAUACUGAAGACCUGAUCAGUGGUGGAGCAUCCGCAGCAGAUUCAACUGACAAUUCGUCAUCUCUUCAGGAAGAUGAAGAGCUAGGAAUGGAGGCCACUAGCUGGCAGCUUAACAGCACAUCCAUUAAUGGCCACAAUGAAACACCAACAACAGCUCGUUUCCCUAGCUGGGUGACUUUUGACGACAAUGAAGUCAGCUGCAGUCCUCCACAGACUUUAUCCCCUGUGAAACCAGGCACCCUAUCAGUAGCAACUCCACCAGCAUCAGCAGAAGUGAUCCCUGUUGCACAGAUCCCAGAUGUGAAUUCUGCCACCCUCUCUUCAUCCUUUAAAAAAAGGGAACGCCCCAAAAGCACACUGGGUGACCUCUCUAAAGUUCAGAAACUAGACCUUUCCUCCAUAACCAGGUUGCCUUCUGUUGGUGGGACACCCCCCUGGAGUGCUACUAACCCUUUCCUUGAUGAAUCUCUGAGAGAUGUUCAGCCCUCCCCUAUCAACCCAUUCAGCUCUUUCUUUGAGGAACGGGAUAAGCACUCUCACACCAGUGUCUCUGGUGUUUCUACUAGGAACUCCCUCAUUAUCCUUCAUCAAGAGCCUGACACCAUCAGCUUCAAUGAGUCGAGUAAACAGCUAAGGCACAAAGAUGCUGUGGAGCAACUCAAGCAACUCCAGAUUGGGGAUCCUGAUCAGCUGAGCAGUACCAGUCUGCCUGACGAUGACCCCACAAUGCCAUUUGCUCUAGACAGCACCUUAUCUAGCUUGGGGCCACCUCAACGGAAAGAUGGCUGGCCAAUGAUGCUGAGGAUACCCGAAAAGAAGAACAUCAUGUCCUCUAGACACUGGGGGCCAAUUUAUGUCAAACUGACUGAGAGUGGGUAUUUGCAGCUCUUUUAUGAGAAGGGGCUGGAGAAGCCUUUCAGGGAAUUCAAGCUUGACAUCAAUCAUGAGAUUUCAGAACCCAAGCUGCAGAACUAUGAUGAGAACGGAAGGAUACACAGCGUGAGGAUAGACUGCACCACCUACAAGGAGAAAAAGAAGUACCAGCCAAAGCCAGCUGUCACUCACACAGCAGAGAGGGAACAGGUGAUUAAGCUAGGCACCACCAAUUAUGAAGACUUCCUCAGCUUCAUCAGAGCAGUCCAGGAUAUGCUAAUGGAUUUGCCCACCUCAUCAACAGACCUGAGCACAGUGGGAUUAAACUACCAAGAGGAGGAGAUCACUGUGGAUGUAAAGGAUGAGUUCUAUGGCACCUUGGCCAAAGGAGACAACAGGAUUUUACAACACAAUGUCCUGACACGAGUGCAUGUUCUUACAUUUCUUUCUGGCCUGGCUGAAUGCAGGCUGGGCCUCAAUGACGUCCUUGUAAAAGGGAAUGAGAUUGUCUCACGGCAGGACAUCAUGCCCACCACCACCACCAAGUGGAUUAAGUUGUACGACUGCCACUUCCACUCGUGUGUGGAUGAGGAAAUGUUUGCCAAUGCCCGUGGUGUUCUGUUUAACCCCUUGGAUGCCUGCCGGUUUGAACUGAUGCGCUUCAGAAGUGUGUUUUCUGAGAAGACAUUGCCUUUUACCUUGAGGGUUGCAGCCAGCAUCAAUGGGGCUGAGGUGGAGCUCCAGAGCUGGCUGAUGAUGUCACCAGGUUUCUCUUCCAACCGCGACCCUCUAACUCAGGUUCCCUGUGAAAAUGUGAUGGUCCGUUACCCAGUGCCACAGGAGUGGGUGAAAAACUUUCGCAGAGAUAGUGUUCUCGGAGAAAAGUCUUUGAAGGCAAAAGUGAACAAAAGUGCCAGUUUUGGAUCUGCCAGUGUUUCUGGUUCCGAGCCAGUCAUGAGAGUAACACUAGGAACUGCCAAAUAUGAGCAUGCCUUUAAUUCCAUUGUAUGGAGGAUAAACCGACUGCCUGACAAAAACUCUGCUUCUAGUCAUCCUCACUGCUUCUUCUGCCACCUGGAGCUUGGCUCUGACCGGGAAGUGCCUUCCAGUUUUGUCCGCUAUGUGGACGUGGAGUUUGACAUGCCAACCACUUCAGCAUCUAAGGCUGCCAUUCGAUCCAUUUCUGUGGAAGGCAAGACUGAUGUCAAGAAGUGGGUCAACUAUUCAGCACAUUAUACUUACAAGGUGGAAAUAGAACAGAAAAAAAGCUUAAAUCCAGAUCUGAUGGGAGGAGACAUUGAUAACACCAAGGAAUGUGCUGUACAGUGAAAGAAAGUCCAUAUGUUGCUGGGACAGUAAAAUCAACAGGCCUUGAAGAAGAGAAAACACAGCGCCUCAUUCCUGCUGUUAGAAGAGCCAGGAAGUAUUUGGAGUAUCUUGGGGUUUCCUUGUCCUUUGUGACCUGUUUUUAGAAAGGAAGCUCUUUUGAUGUGUUUACAACAGCCUGGUAGCUUCGGUAGCAGCACACUAAAUGUAUAGGCUUACAGUUCAUCCAAGCCUGCCUUCGUCUCUACUGCUAAACGUCCUACAGCAAAAUAAUGGUAUUUUGACAGUCAUCGCUCAGACAAAAGCCUCAGCCCUAACCUUGCUAACAAUCUUUUCCUAUCAUGUGCUUGAUGUUUCCUUGAAAACUGGUAAUUAAUUCAGUCCUCAGAAGAGCUCUUCCAGAUGGUAGGCAACAGCAUUGAGGGAGACGAAGCUGUAGGAGAUAUAUUAGAGAAAUGUUUUGUUUCUUGCCAAUUUACGGCUCACAUUGAAAAAUUGUAACUAGAGGUGUGCAGGGAAUGGGUUUUGCGUUCCAUUCUGAGCUCCGAACACUCGGAACAGAAUGCCAAACGGCCCGAAUGUUCCAACCGAAACACCAAGGAUGCUUAGGUGUUUCAGCAGAACAAGCCCAUUCUCUUCAGCCCAUUGCAUGUAUUCUGACUGAAAACAUUUUUUUUUUAAAAAAAGAUAGUGAGGGCAGUGCGGUGGGUGGGGCAGUGAGAGGUGCCUUUAACAUUACAUUAAUGUAAAUUCUUACAGGUACCUGCUUUGAUGUUAAAUUAAGUGAAGCUCUCUCUUACCAGCAGUAAGACCGGCACUGCAAACCACUGCUGCGGCACUCUGGCUGGCGCAUCAUGUGCGGAGGCCAGGAGAUGUGAGCUCCAGUCAGAGACACACCGCCGCUGCAUGGGAUGCCAGCCAGAGUGCCGCUGCAGUGGUUUGCAGUGCCGGUGUUACUGCUGGUAUGAGAGAGCUUCGAUUAUGUCCGGCUACAUGUCCCUGUCUCCUUUACCCAACCUGGCUAGGCUUAUCGGGUCCAGCCUCAGAGCAGGGACAGGGAGGGGGUUGAGCAUCACCCUGUGCGUCCCAGGCUGCUUGCUCCUUGUGUCUGCCCCUCUCUGGGGGCCCCUGACACUCUCCACCAGCCAGCCUCUCAUCCCCGGCCGGCUCCUUAUAUGCCACCUCACAGGCUAUGCAUCGCCUGCCCCCAAUUACGGGGCCAACAGCCCUCUUUAUUACCUCUUAUUAAUUACCCCUUACAACUGUUGCCAGUGCCUCUCCCCCUGCUCCUGCCCCCUCCCUUCGGGAGGCAUGCUGCUGAUUUUAUCCUCGCACGUCUCCCCUUCGGCCUUAUCGGGGCUCUGCUCCUCCUCCACUGGAGCUGAGUACCUGCCCGUUGGCUGUAUAUAAAGUCUGGCCAUGUCUGAGCAAAAUGUUCAGAUGGUGGAGCUUCAGCAGUCUGUAUACCUCUGUGACCUUGCCUGUGGAUAUGAGAAGCAAAUCUGCUUAGUUUUCAUAGUCUUCACAAUAUGGAUUUCCAUAGUGCAGCAUUUGGGUUACAUUUGAAUGGAUUUUGGUGUGGGUGUAUGUGGGUGUGCACGCACUUAUACACAAGAACACACAGCCCUGGCUGCUAUACUCUUCCUAUAUCUCAACAAAGCUCUGUGUCAAAGACAUAAUUAUUUACAGAACACUUGCUCUCAUACCAGCCAAUACUGAGAAACUAACAACCGUAAUUUAUUAAAACAAUUUCUCACUGUAAAGAGACACCUUUUCUAAAUAACUCAUUUUUAAAGUAUAGAGGACUCUUUUUAACAAUCUAGUUCUCUUGUCUUGUCAGCUGACUUUGCUUUCCCUCUUUGGUUUUUCAGAAUUUUAUACACACACACACACCCCUUUGUGAAUCAGGCACAUAGACUGCUUUACUAUGCAGAAACAUUUUUGGAAACAAUUUGAUCUUGCACUUUCCGAACUCCCUUUCCUAUUUAUGUAAGCACCUGUAACUUAACAGCUUCUAACUGUUUUUUGAGGAGCAAGCAGAUCAAGUUGCCCCUCAAGAAUAUGCAGAACAAUGAUUGGCUGUUUGAAUAGGCUUUCUCGGUCUGGGUAGUUUCUACUGCUCGGUGAGUUUAUGCACAUUUCCAGGGUACACCAGGUCAUCCAAUGUGCACGUUCCCAGUGUGUGCAGGGCACCUCCUUUCUACUCUGCCCACAAGAAAAGUCACAGCCUGGGAUGCAAUCCCACUACAGUGUCCAAAGACAGUAUUUUGCUUCUCUAAGUUCUGAUUCACACAUGCAGAUUGCAGCAUAAGCAUCAACUUGAAAUACAAUAACAACGAAGUUGCUCUGUCUAUAUAGCAAGCCAAUGGACUGGGUCUCGCGAUCAGUGAGACCCGGUUUCCUCGGGAGAGCGGGAAGAGCGGGCUAAGCCCGCUGUCCCCGCUCACAAGCAGGCAGGGAGCCCUGGGCAGCCGGAUCGGCCACCCACACGAUGGACAGCUCUGUGACGGAGCCAGUGGGAGAAGCGGGGGCCACGCGGCCCCAGUAUGCCCUGCGCGAGCACACAGGGCAUACUGGGGAGACCCCCAGAGCCGGGAGGCGGCUUUUCGCCUCCCGGCUGGGGGAUCUACUCAUGAGUAGGCGCGGCACGAAGGCGCGGCACGGCUACUCACGAUCAUAAAAAGCAGGUUUCCUGGAGUGCUCGCUCCGCGAACCUGCUUUUUACCAGGGGUUCUCGAGCGGGUUACCCGCUCAAGAACUACCGGGCUCGGCUGUGAGCCUGGUGGUUCUUACGGUCAACAAAAAUUGGGCUAGCCUCUGCUAGCCCGACUUUUAUUGAUCGUGAGAAUCACCCCAAAGUGUAAGCCACACAAAUCUGUGGUUUCCACCACACAAUUGCAAACCAAAAGCUUUAAUUAGGAUGCCAAAGGAGGCCCUCAUGCAACUGGAGAUCAAGCAGGUACCUGCACUGCAAGUUGCACAUGUGAAACUUGAGUGGUGGUAUGUGUGAGUGCUAAAACUAAGUUUUUUCUCCAAACUGGAGACUCUCCAGUGGACUUCCAUCAAUGGGCCCUACACAAAAUUGCCCUGCUCAUGAAAUUAAGCCUCUCAUCAGCACUUACUACUCAUGAAGCAAGUGUCAUCUGGCUUGUUUCCCAUGAGCAUAGAUUGUGAUGUUGCAUUCUGCCACAAACCCCUGUUGGAAUCUGUUUGUUCCAACAACCUCUAAACUGAAAAUAAUAGCCUUUUUAGCUACUUAUUGUGCAUGUCACCAGUUUACAUUUGUGACAGCCUAAGGACCUGCCCACAAUCCACUGAAGUCUCUUAUGCCAAUAUGUGAGAUAUAUUGCUUUUCAAUGAAUGGCACACCAAGAACAGGCUUUGCACAUUUAUAGGCAGCCCAAGGACUUCUAUUGGUACUGGUCUGGAUUAGUAUUCUGUUGCAGACCUGAGGUUUUAAUUGCCUCUGCAGAAGUGUUUGGAUAAAACAAGCACAGUAACCCACUUCUUAAUAUGAAUUUGUCCUUAAUGUUUAAGUGAAUUGAGCCACAUAGCCAACUUAAUCUUAAAAACACUCACUUUGAAAAAGGCUUCUUUUGAAAUCAGUAGGACUUAGGGUGCAAUCUGUGAUCAGAAUCUUUAGGGUUUGGGUUUUUUAAAAAAAGUUAAUAGCAGUCAGUAAGGGGAGGGAACCCAGUUCCUUGGAGAAGCCGCUGCUAGUCUGAGAAGACAAUACUGAGCUAGAUAGACCAAAGGUCUGACUCAGUGGGGCUAUUCUCACGAUCUGCAAAAAUCGGGCUAGGAAAGCCUAGGCCGAUUUUUUCAGAUUGUAAGAACUACCGGGCUCGGCUGCAAGCCCGGUGGUUCUAGAGUGGGUAACCCGCUCAAGAACCCCUGCCCUAAAACCAAGUUUGCAGAGCAAGCAUGCCGCAAACCUGGUUUUCUAGAUCGUGAGUAGCCGCGGCUUUGCGCUGCACCUACUCACAAUGAGACCCCCGGAGGGGAGGCAAAAAACCGCCUCCCGGCUCUGGGGGUCUCGCCAGCAUGCACUGCGCGCUUGCGCAGGGCAUGCUGGAGCUUGUGGGGGCCAAUCGUCCCCCAGCCCCCGCAGGCUGUCACAGAGCCGGCAAUUGUGUGGGCGGCCGAUCCAGCCACCCAGGGCUCCCUCCCCACUCACUGCCCCAAACCGGGUCUCACUGAUCCUGAGACCUGGUCCUGUAUAUGGCAGCUUCCUAUGUUCCUAAAUCCAGCUAAUCCCUUUGCACAGAGUGGGAAGAUGGGCAAGCAUUUGCAUAUGCAUACCUAGGUUUCCCUUAUCCAUUUUGGCACACUAAUCCCAUCCCUUCACUGCUUUGCAAGCUAUUUUUGAAUACUUCACCUAACUCAAAAGCUUAAAAAGCCACUCCAAGUGUUUUUUGGGGGAAAUGUGUGUGUGUUUUAGAGCCACUCUGAGUGUAAAGUGGGGAGAUAGUGUGCUGUGCAAAUACAGUGUUUAACAUGAGUGGGAGGAAGCAACUGUUGUUUGGAAGAGAAAGCCUGUCUUGGUUUUCAGAAAUGUGAUUGAUUAAGGGGAGUUAGAUUUCAAUAUCGUUGUAGACUGAAAUCCUGCACAGAGUUAGGUUGCUUAAAUCUUACUGAAGUCCGCAAGAGUUGAGCAGUCUAACUGUACAGGAUUACAUCUAAAAUGAAAUUCAGACAAUUAAUUAUGCUUCAUAAGAAACAAGCAAUAUCUGCAAACAAGCAAUAUCUGCAGAUCCAGUCAAUUUUAAGCACGUUUGAAUCCUGGUUUUUUCAGUGGGAAGCUACAGCCCAAUCUAGCCCAAUGUGUACUCAGAAGUAAACAUACAAUUAUAGCAUUAAGCAUGUGUUGAAAUCUCUCCCAUUGAAAUUAAUGGAGCUUAAUGCUACACUUUGGCUGGAUCAUGAACUUUGUGUGCAGAUAUGGAAGUUAAUACCUAAUAUUAAUACCUAAGUCUCUAAUAUUGGGUUUAAGAUAUGUUUAAUUUCUAAAUCGUAUUAUUAUUUAAGUGCCAAGAUAGCAGUAUGAUGGAGAUGCAUUUAAAGCAUUGAAUUAUAAAGAAAUUAAUCCAGUUUUGUUUUGGAGGAAAGAUCCCUGUGACCUCUCCUCCCUGAGCCCACUUGUAGUGUCAUGGCAAGGUAGCCAUGGAGUUUUGCACUACAGAAUAUAAUCCCCAGUGCUGAAGUAGUCUCGUUCUAGUUUCAGUACAUAGGAAGCUGCCAUAUACUGGGUCAGACUAUUGGUCCAUCUAUUUCAGUAUUGUCUACACAGACUGGCAGCAGCUUUUCCAAGAUUGCAGGCCGGAGUCUCUCUCAGCCCUAUCUUGGAAAUGCCAGGGAAGGAACUUGGAUCCUUCUGCGUGCAAGCAUGCAGGUGCUCUUCCCAGAGUGGCCCCAUCCCCUGAGGGGAAUAUCUCACAGUGCACACAUGCCAUCUUCCAUUCAAAUGCAAACCGGGGCAGACCGUGCUUAGCAAAGGGGACAAUACAUGCUUGCUACCACAAGACCAGCUCUCCUCACCAUGCUUUUCUUGUACUUGGAACUCCUGUCCUCACCAUCCCAAGUCCUGUCAACACCAUGCCCCUCACCAUCUCAAAUUUCUUCCAUGUUUGGAAAUAAAUUCUAAGAACAUGCAAAGCAUUAUGAUGAAAACUCAACAAGUCCUAAGGAGAAAACACUGCCAUCUAGUACUGACAUAAAGCUGGUCCACGCAUUCAUGUUCAUCACUUGAUGACUACAUCAUCAGAUGGUGACUUUCGUGUGUAAAUGGGCCAUAACAGAUAUAAUACCACAAACCGAACUUUCAUACCACCUUGCACCAUCCUAAACACAAUAUUCAAAAUCCAAAUGUAUGCACAUAGAGCUCUUUAAAAAACAGUAAUUGAGUGUUGAACAGAUAGGUGGUGAGAAGAUGGAAGCAGGGAAGGGACUAAAUCCAGUCUCCCCACCCCCCACCCCCCAAAUCAAAAAAUUGAUAGGUACAAUUACUGCUUUUAAGGAGGUCACCAUAUAUUCAGGUGGAUCAGAGAGAUCACCAUAUCUUCAACACCUGUUUAGGGAUACAGUUCCUUCUCUAGAGUUCUUGUGUGUAUAUAGGACUGGGGCGGAGGUGGACUUUGCAGUAAAGUCCAUUUACCUUUAAAGAUGCCAGUCAUCAAGUAUAAAAUUAUUUUUUUAAAAAAAUGUAUCUGCAUAUGUGAACCAGCCCAUGACCUCACAAUUAAAGCUGACUCAAAAUGAAAGAAAAGUGUCUUAACAGCACUUCCAGAAGUUGCUUAUGCAAGGACUUUGCUAUUUUUUUAGCAGUUCCUGAAAAUGCUCCUCUAUAUUCCCUGAUUGCAUCGAGGUGCACAUAAUAUAUUAAGCAAGUCACUUUUCAACUGAUCUUAGAGAAUGCAAUUUGGGAGGUGGGCUGGACAGGGGAGAAAGUAGUCUCUUAGGUAUGCAGAGCCCAAACUGUUCAGGCUGUAAACGUAAAAAAUUACAUGUAAAGUGUAAAAAAAAAAGCACUUGGUGAAUUGUGCCCAGAAGACAAGUCCAUUCAUAGCCUGAAGUUUCAGAUUAACGUGCUCCAAGCAACCAGUCUCCUUCGGGAAGUAUCUUUAUGUAGAAUGCAGUAGUUUGUCCUUGAGGUUACAAAGGCAUAUGUGACAGUCAGCAGGUCUGGUCAGCAAAAUGAAACAGCCAGGAACAAUAGUAGACCCAGAAACAUCCUGCCUACUUGAAUGCACUAGAAAGAUGGAGCCACAUCAUUGAUGCGUAUAUCCCUCAUACACAUCACCACUGCUGACUGAAUCACCACUGCUGACUGAUUAUUCUGUAGAUUCACCUUCACUUGACUUGUCAGUAGCCAGUCCCAUUCCAAAGACAUAGCAGAUUGUAAAAACCAUUUGGUUCUGGUCAGUCUUUAUCGACAAAACCAUUCCAUGGUAUUGCCUGCUGUACAGGAACCGAUGGAAUCUCACCAUUAAUUUAUUGUGGAAAUAACACCUCUCUUUUUGCUAUUUCACUUAAAGCAACUUCAGGUCUCCUAAAAGCCUUGCAGGUUAAAAGUACUUGAGUUUUCAGCCUGCUUUCCGCUGCCUCCAUCAAGUCAGAUAGUUCAUAAUAUCUUGCACUAUUGUGAUUGUAUGUUUUUUACAUAUUUUGUAACAGGUUUCUACCUUUUUGAUGUUGUGCUAUGAGAGAGUCUACACACUGGCUGAUUCCUUAGAAAUUUUGUGUGACUUUUCCCCCCCUUGCGACUUCUCAGUGAAAUGUCAUUUUGGGAUUAAUUGUGGGAAGAACUGUUGAAUAAAUGCAAAUGAAAUUCCA